AGAACAGGGUGCCUCACAUGCCGAGACGAGGGCUACAAAUGCGAUGAAGCAAAGCCGCACUGCGGCCGCUGCGUCCGACUGGGCAAAACAUGCAAGGGGUAUGGGCUGAGAGUGAGAUGGAAGUCGGCCGAUGACCCCAAAGACGGCGGAAGAGUUGCAAAGAAGAGAGGCUCAAAGCCCAGAGGUACUGUUGGAUAUCGUAAAGUGACGCCGCCUUCAAGCGAUGGACAGCCCGCGACGCCUAGCUCCAGCUCAAUGACUUUAACUUCGACUUCAAGCCCAGACAGUCUCAUCCGAAAUCCGUCAUAUUUAUCGCCAGAUAUCUCGCCAAUGAAUCGCUACUUGAUACAUCAUUGGAAUGGAUCGCUGGCCAGUGUGAUAUCCAUGGCAUCCGGCGUACAGAACCCUUUCCUCGUCCACCUCACGCCAAUGAUGCUCCGCUCCACAGCCCUGCUCUUCUCAAUCUCUUCCAUGGCGGCAGGCCACCUCGCCAUCCUCCGGAAUGAUGUCAACCUCAGGACGCUAUCGUCACGACACAUGCUCGUCGCCUUAUCAUCGCUACGAAAGUCGAUCCAAACCGAGAACCCCGAGCUCUCCCUAGCCACGAUCUUGAUGCUCCAAAUUUCGGACCGGCUCUUCAACACGGACAGUCAGAUUGACCACCUGGCUGGAGCCAAAGCAGUCAUCAUGCACUCAGGGGGGCCAGCGAACUGGAACACUUCGAGCGCGCAGUUUCUGCUCAGUCUCUGCUUCUACCACGACGUCAUGUCAUCCAUCUCCCGCGCAUCGAAGCCGCUGCUGAGCAUGACGAAUGCGGCGCCUCUCGAGGGCCUGCACAGCCUGGCAAAGCUGACUUCCGUCGUUUCCCUCGUCAGUACCAUCAGCAAAAUGCAAGGACAAAGCGGCGAAGAGCACCAGAAGAGGGGAUACGGCAUUAAACGAAGCCUGCAGGAAGUCGACUUCUCCGACGACGGCGAUCCAGACAUUGAGCACACGAUCCAAGCCUACAAACACGCGGCAAUCGUCUACCUCUACCGAGUUUGGGACGACGGAGAGAUUUCCACAAAGCCCUUUUACGCGGAGCAGUGCAUCUACCACCUGUUGAAGGUGCCCAUCACGUCAUCCUUUGUCUCUGCUCAUGCGUGGCCCCUAUGGACUGGCGGCUGCGAAUCCGUCGAGACUCGCCUACGUCAAAUGGUUCUUGUUAGGAUCAGGGAGAUGUAUCAAAACAGGCAACUUCCCUCCCUUCAACGAGUGCAAGAAGACAUGGAAGAAGUGUGGCAGGUAAAGGAUGCACAGAGGCUGCAGUUUGGAACGGAAAAUGUUGAUUGCUGCAAGAUGAUUCUGCAUACGCGUCAUCGAGAGGCAGACUUGGUCUAGCAUUGCUCAUGACGAAUUAUCUACCAGU